AUCAUUCAACUCCACCAAAGUCAACUAAAAUAAUAACUAUUUGUAUCAAGUUUAUUGCAUAUUUUGGAUACAGUUCCUUUGAUAAGAGCACCCAAUAUCAAAAAAACCUUUUGGCUUCCCCACAAACCAACCUCAAAGAUGUCAAUACCGCACACGAUUCAACAUUUCACGCAUAACCAUCCCUUAACCCAAGUCAACGGUAUUGGCACAUACACUUGCGAUGGUUGCAAAUUCUACGGUGAAGGCAGGACCUACCGGUGCAGCGACUGUGACUAUGAUCUCCAUGAAUAUUGCGCCACGUGUCCUUCAAUCCUCUUAAACUCAUGUCACGGUCCUGAUCAUGAGCUUAGCCUGUUCAACGGUCACAUGACCGAACGCUCGUGCUAUGUUUGCCUAGUUUCUAUCCAAGGGAUGUUCUACAAAUGCAGGCAAUGCAGUUUUGAAUCUCACCCGCUUUGCACAUACGUUCCAAUGCAUCAUGCCUCAUCUCCGGAUGUAUCGGCUACGAAGCAGAGAAGCCUGCAUGGACAUGCGGGACAGCCAUCGCCACCACACCAGUAUGAACAAGGAAUCCCAUAUGGCUAUCCACAUAUGGGUCACCCUGAGCCAUACCCUCCUCAAGGUGGUGGUUAUCAACAUCAACAUCAGAAUCAGUAUCAUCAUCCAUACAUGAAUCCGGGUUCUCAAAAAACAGAGUCCAUGGGUCAGCCUGAGCCAUACCCUCCUCAAGGUGGUGGUCAUCAACAUCAACAUCAGAAUCAGAAUCAUCAGCCUGGGCCAUACCCUCCUCAAGGUGAUGGUCAUCAACAUCAACAUCAACAACAGAAUCAUCAUCCAUACAUGAAUUCGGGUUCUCCAAAAGCGGAGUCCAGUCCAAGUUCAAGCACGACUAAAGCGAAAAAGAAAAAACCGGGAUUCUUUAACACCAUGAUGGCUGCAGCAACUACAACUCUUACGAUAGCAGCCCAGGUGGCCGUUGCAACAAUGACUGAUGGCGAGAUGACGAAUGAAUAAUAAUUUCUUUGUGAUGGAUUUUUUACUUGUUGAUGGCUUAUGGUGUGUUUUGAUUUUAUUUUUGAUGUUGUUUUACGGUACAUGCAUACAUGAUCUGUUAUGUUCUCAUUCUCAUAUACAUAAUCGCAUAACUUCAGAUUAAUUGCUCAGUCCUUGAUGUAUAUGUUGGUUUAACCCACCAAAAAUGUUGAUAAAUUGAUAUGUUUUUA